AUGGACACAACUUUUGUUCUUGACUAUGGCUCCCACACAGCGAAAUACGCAUCUUUCUCCAAAUCUGAUAAGACAUCCUCUUUUGAUGUUGGUGUAAAUGAAGUACAGAGUCGAGCUUUUGUGGAUGAUGAAUUAGAUGUGGUGGCGUUUGGAAAACACUUGGCAGAAUUAAUCUCCGAAAACUGUCCAGCUGAUGCCGAAUUGAACCUUUCAUUACUAAUAGAUGUUUUGCUACCACGACGGAAGCGAGAAUUACUUUUAAAAUGUUCUUUUGAGUAUCUAGGAGCUAAACAAGUUUUUCUCGGUUACACAGCCGCUACUUCUCUCUUUUCAGUUGGUGAAACUACAGGUAUUAGUGUAGAUGUUGGAUACCGCGGUGUGCGUGUGGUUCCUGUUGUGAGUGGUGUUAUUCAGACAGCGCUCUCUGCGGAUGUACAGAGUGUAGGGGCACGCAAUACGGAUCGGGUAUUACGUCAGUAUAUUCCUAGCGCUAAUGAAUCACUUCUUUUUACAUUAAAAUCGAAUGCAUGUUUUAUUGGUGAUAAGACUCCAACCUUACCAUCACACAUUACACUACCGGAUGGAAAUAGUUUACCAUUUCCUUUAUCUUUUUCUGCAUGUCGAGAAGCCGGUGAGGCGUUAUUAUUUCAUCCACCCUACACUCGAACUCCUGAUGUUUUACAAUAUACACAUCAAAAGUGUUUACUAGAGUUUCCCAAUAUGAAACAUUGGGUACUUGUAGGUGGGGCUUCUUCUAUUAGAGGUACGCGUGAGAUUCUUCAUAGUUCGAUGAGUCAUACUAUUAUACCUCAAAAAGAGCAUUUUCAUCAACUGCAGGUUAAGACACCAAUGCAGGCAGCGAUAUCAGGUGGAAUUAUUCUCUCACAACUCAGUAGUUUUAAAGGUAUGUGCGUAAAUGUGGAAGAGUAUGCGGAAGAAGGACCGCAUCGUUGUGUUCAUCUCAAAUCUGUUGAUGGUAGGUGA